CCAAUCAGGGCGGCACAUGCGGCAAACCACGCCCGCGCGGCAACUCGUGUCGCGCGCCUCAUCAGCAUUGUACUGAUGAAGCAGCAGACUGAAGUUGUUAGUUUCUCCUUACCUCCACCUCGGCAGGCUUCACAAAUGUGGGGACUUUUUGUAUCGCUUAAUUAAAUUCAAACAAGUUUGUUUUGUGGGUAUUGGCGAGCUCGAAAACGGCAUUGACGACUUUGAAGGAGCUGCUGACUGGCGAGUUAACCAGCUGAAGCCAAACUACUACUGUGGAAAAGUUAUUGUUGGGCACCCCGUGGGAUUUAAAGUUCAGCUAGCUAACAGUAGCGUCACUGGCUACUAGCAGGUAGUUAGCUCCAUAUCUUAACCGAUUAACUUAGUUUGGUCACAAUGGCAGCUGUGUGCCAGACACGACGUGCGUUGGUGGAAAUACCUGCUCCACAGCCCAAAAUUGCUGCUCGAAUGAGGAGGUCCUACCUAGAAAUUCUAAGUGCUCGUUUGGCUCCAUCUCCACUUCCAAGGGGGAGAAACACAACUACAAACACAAAUCGUGUGCGGUCAUUGGACUUGUCCAUUGGUGGGUUGUGGAGUGGGGGCAUAGAGGAGCAGUGUGAGAAGAUGAAUGAACACCAUACCCCCCUCUCCAAACAGCAGCUUGUACAGUUAAUCAGAUCCCUCAUCUUAGUUGAACAGAGCCAAGAGCCCAGGAUCCUGGCAUCAGACCUGAAGUAUCUCCAGGAAGACCUGCAACUAAAGAAAGCAAAUGUUUACAGAUCCAUACCCUACUCACGGCUUGGCUCGAACAGGGACGCUCACUGCUACAGAAAGGCAUAUCCUCACCUGGUGGCAUUCAAAGUUUCGUGUCAGGAGUGGGGCCAAGUUCUUUUGAGGAACAAAGAGUGGGAUGCUGUGUUGGAGCACACAAUGAUGGCGUGGCGCUACACCAGCGAGUUGCCGCAGUGGGAUACAGCGAACCAUAACGCUCUCCGAGAACAGUGUUACAGCAUUCUGGCAGCUCACAGCCUCACUGCUCUCCAGCACUACCACCCUGAAACCAACAGAGGACGCGAGCUGCUCAGAAGGUUGAAGAUCGCUCAGUUGCACAGCCAGUCAAUUGUGCCCUGUAUUCAGGAGUUGCAGAGGAUUAUGGGAUGCGCUGAUGACUCCUCCAUGGACACACAAUAACACGAGAAACACUAUCUAGCCAGCUGGUUACACCCCAGUGAAAAGUGGGCUUCAUAGAUCUAAAUGAUUAAUGUGGUAUAGGGCCAAAAACAUUUUACAUGCUGUUUGGAAAAAACCCUACAGUAUUCUUCCAAAGGGCAGGGUAGCAACUGAAAAUGUAAAGUGCCAGAUAAUGCAGGUUUCAAAAGGUAAUGAAACCCAGAUGGUUGAAAAUGCAAUAGAACCUCUUUAAUUUAAUUAUAUUGCAUUUUUACAUCAAAUGGAAAGUAUUGUUAAGAGGAGUGUAACAUUUGUUGCAUGGUACACCUCAUCAUAUGUUCAUAUGUUACCUAACAGCCUAUUACAAAAAUGUUUUCCUUUUUUUAGAGGAACAUUCACAUUCUGAGAAAUGUUGGGUUAGGUUGGUGCUGGCAGCGAUAUAAUUAAUGUUUGUAUAUUUUUAGAACUUUGUAUAGAAUAACUUGCAUUGACCAUUGACAUGUUAAAAGUAUGAAAUGGCCUUGCUUGUUGCUUUGUGUGUGUGUAUGUCCUUGUUACUUUUCACAAUACUUGAAACUGGCUUUUGCUGUCUUUGACUGUAGUUAUGUUUUAUAUGUAUGUCUUGAUUACAGAGAAUUAUCUUUGUCACUGAUUGCACUGUUGCUGCUUGUCCUGAAAACUUGAAAAUUUUUGAUAAAAUAGACCCUUAAUUUCAAUAAAGUCUUCACUUUGUAUUUGCAAAA